AUGAUGUCGAAUACUACUCUCGUCCCCCUUACCAUCAUCAAAGGCGCAGGCCACGAACACAUUGCCCUCCCCGAAGGCGACAACGCAACCGUAGCAGAUUUCCACACCACCCUCACGCAAACCCCCACCACCACCCCAACACCCAUAACAUCUGGCUUCUACAAAAUCACCGCCGGCCCAUCCAAGCCGGCCGCCUACACGUUCGAAGAAUCCAAAUACGUCCUCAGCGGCCAAAUCGACGUCCUGGACGAAGCAACGGGCAUCACGCAUCACCUUGUGGCGGGCGACUUUGCGUUUUUCCAUGUGGGGAGCAAGGUUCAGUUUUCGACGAGGAGUGUGGGUAUGGCGUUUUAUGUUGUUACGAGGCCGGUGAGGGUGGAGCAUGGGGGGUUGGUGGGAAGGGCGGAGGGGGAGAAGGCGAGGUUGUGA